GCCUCACUUGCCGCAUUUUUAAUCCUGGUUUCUGUUUGAUCCUAUUGUGCCAUUCAUCUGUUGAUCUGUGGUGACAUGGCGGACGAAUCAGAAGAAACUACCGUUUCCAUUGAGGAUGUUGUCAAAUCUAUCAAUGAGGAACAAGCUAUCGUUAUGGGUGGCAUUGAUGAUCGAGCAUGUUGCAGCUUCACAAAAGUAAGUCUAUUAUCGACACCUCAUGACUUCUUCCUUAUAAAGGGAUACAUGAAACGUCAGGCAAUCUACACUUGCCGAACUUGCUUGGAUACUUCGAACGUUCAUGCCGGCUUCUGCUAUCCUUGUCUGCUCAGUUGCCAUGAUGGUCACGAUACUUUGGAACUAUACACAAAGCGGAACUUUAGAUGUGAUUGUGGAAACCAAAAUUUCGCUCCGUUUCAAUGCAAACUCUGGGAAGAGAAAGAUGAUGAAAAUGUCGACAACCAAUAUAACCACAACUUUUCCAACAGCUAUUGUAUUUGCCAACGACCUUAUCCAGACGAAGAGUACGAGGGCAAUGAGGAAAUGAUUCAGUGUGGACUUUGCGAAGAUUGGUUUCAUGUAGAGCAUCUUAAUCUUCCGGAUGAUGUCGCGGCACCAGAUGAAUAUGAGGAGAUGACGUGUUCUCAGUGCCUCAGAAGAUGUGCCUUUUUAUGUCUGUACGCACUUUCACGAAAGGAGCAACCCUGGUGUAUGGCUUUUAGCACUCUGUUGUCCAGUGCACAAGUAGUGAAUGGCCAUGUGAACAUAGAACCUGAAACAAAACGGCUCAAACUGGAUGGUGAAUCCAACGGACCUAUCAGUCCUUCAUUGGUGAACGACUGUGAGCUACUGCGCAUAGCCUCAGAUUUGGAAAUUCAAGGUUUCGAUUUUAAAAAGCUGCGAGUCAAAGAUCUUGGACUGUCGGACGACUCCAAAGUGCCCUCCGUGUUUUGGUCCAGUGGCUGGAGGGAACGUCUCUGUAGGUGUCCAUCGUGCGUGACUCUGUACAAAUACCUGAACGUCAGUUAUCUUCUUGAUCCGGAGGAUACUAUGGAAUAUUAUUUGGCCCUCGGUGAAAAAAAGGCAAUUGAGAUUGAAAAAGAGGAAAACGAAGCCCUGUCGGAAGCUCUGUCCGAAUUACCACAUUCAGUUGCCAGUCACAUUGCUGCUGGUGUGAACUAUAUGAAGGAGACGUUGGAGGAAUUUUUGAAGAAGAAACAUGAAUCUGGUUGCCUGUCCGUGCAUACAUUGAUGGUGUCUUCCCGAUCCACGAGAAAAUACUGUAAAGCUUCCAGAAGAGACAAUAUCGUUUUCAAUAACGCUGCGACGAACAAUCCAGAGCGCUCUAAUGAGAAAAUAGCUUCAAAACCACUUUAA